UCCAUCUGUAGAUUCCCAGGGGUACUAACGCUGUAAAGGGGAAACCAUACGACCAACGUAGGUAAUCAACCGUGGCAGCCCUCAAAUCAUCAAGCACGCACACAAGCCAGCAGAUACAAACCCUUGAUACAACUAACUUCAUUCACCGAUGGACCCCUCUUCCCGUGACGCAUCUACCAACCACAAUCCCUCCUGCCACUACUGAUAAUCAUAGCUGUGGCGGUUAGCACCACUAUGUUAUUCUGUAAUUGGAGAUCUACCUCUUCGAACCCAGUCUCGCUCGGAGGGGUAAGAGGAGGCCAAGAGUUCCUAGCAAGGCACCUACGCUCUCCUUCUCGGGACAAUGAUCUGUCGGUCCCUCCACCCCCGGCGAUGACAGAGCAAUUACUACCUAGCAGGGUUUCACUGACUCCUACCAGCUACCUAUUGCUUAAUUUCCUUCCCCGCUCUCUCGUUAAUAGGGGUAUGUAUGGGAAAAAUUACUCGCCCAUCCUGGGCCCUGGGAUCUCAGCCGUUACACUUCAUUGCCUUGAACAACAUCACGCCAGAGGGGAAUAUCCAUUUUCCACUCCUAGGCUCGUGAUACGGUGGACCAUGCUUCGAAUCCGACGCCUCCAUGUUAGCCUGCAGGAUUGUCGGGACCCUUUGGUCAACACUGAGCUUUAAAUUUUGAGUGCCCGAGAUGUCCGGCUGGGAACAUCUGAUCCAUUUUUGAUGAGUGACAGGGUGUUGAGGAUUGCGCUGAGGCUGGCCAGGAUGAACAAGCAGAGUGAGGUACUGGACAUGCCUCUGUUCCGGUAGUGACAGCGCCGGUGGUAGGGUUGAGAUUUACUUUAACUAGGCAUUUUUGUCGCGUUUGUGGGUGCAGGAUUGAGGCAAAGAGGCGAGGUUUCUUCUGGUAAGAAGGCCCAAUGAGGAAGGGUUAGAGGGUCCGCAACUUACCUACUUGGCAUGGCAUUGGUGGCGAGCCAUCACAGUCCCAGGAAUGCUAUUUCACCUCCCGAUUGAAAAGACCGUUAAUUGCCCCACUAAGUUGGCAUUUUUCUUUCUUUUCCUAUUUUAUCAAAACAUCCUGAGAAUAAAUUAGGGCCGAUAAGGUCUGCUCUGCGAGCACCACCGCCCCUGUCAACAUUGCUGUCAUCAAGUAUGUUUUUACCCCUUCAGCUCCCGACUCCGUUCCAUCCGACCCAGCUCAAUCCUCCUCUCCCCUACUCCUUCCUCCUAUAACCCUAAAAUCGAAUAGUCCCCUCAUUAACAUAUUCCUAAAUAUGUACUGGCACAAGUGCGACACAAAGUUCAAUCAUUCCACCAACGCCUCUCCCUCCCAAGCUGACCUAAGAACUCACACAACUGCAGGCUAUAGCAGCACCUUCACGGAGAAUCCCCACUGGCCAAAUGGUUAAGCUCAGGGAGCGGGCAAACUGCGUACUUCACGAACUCAAAUUUUUGAGAAAGAGCUAUGAGGAUACCAAUCUGUUCCUGCAUAAGUUGAGCAGGUACUUUAUUCAUGCUGUUUCCGAGGACAACUUCCCAACUGCAGCUGAACGUGCAUUCACUGCUACUAGCUUCGCAGCUUUAGUUCGGGCUAUCGUGGAUUUGUAUGAGCUGCCUAAGUGACUGACGGAGGUGUCCAAUAUCGCAAGACAGGGCUCUGGGUCGGGUUGCAGAUGGCCGUUCGGUGGAUAUAUUGCUUGGAAGAUGGGACAGGUGGUGGGUGGGAGCACUUUG